AUGCCUGUAGCACACAAGCCGCCGUGGGAGAGAGUAUGCAUUCCUCGCCACUACAUUACCUUGACCUCAUCGCUGACGAACAGAUGCUCAUCGUCGGAGCCGGCCCUUCAGGCCUUCUACUUUCCCUUCUACUGGCACAACAAGGCAUCUCAAGCACCGUCCUCGAAGCAUGGCCGCAACUCGAUACCCGUCUUCGAGCUACACAAUACGGUGUCCCCGCCACGAGGAUCUUCAAGAAAGUCGACGGGCUUCUCGAAGAUUUCCGCGCUGCGAGUAUUCCGAAGUUCCCUUCCAUCUGUUGGAGACGCGUUGCCGAUGGGGAGAAAUUGCUGGAAAUCGAUAUGAGUGUGGUCGAAGACGAAGAAGACCGCAUGGUGAUCCUGCAGCUGGGCAUCAUCGUGCAGAUCAUGUACCGACACGCAAUGGAGAAAUUCGGGCCUGAGGGGAAAGUGAGCAAGGGACUGAUCGAGGUGAAAUUCAACCAUAAAGUCACCGGAACGGGACAAGACGCCGACAAAGCCUGGGUCGAAGUGGAGGAAACCGGCGGCGGCGGCGGCGGCGGCGAGGACGAGGACGAAGAAAAGACAUCAAAGAAGAUGGAAGCAGACUACAUCAUCGGCUGUGACGGCGCCCGCUCCGCCGUCCGCAGAAGUCUCUACGGCAAGACCUGGCCCGGCCAGACCUUCCCCUGCCGCUUCAUCGUGCAGAACGUCUUCUACCCAGGCUUCGACGCCCACAACUGGGACGGCGGGAACUACAUGGUAGACAAAAACCACUGGGGCCUCAUCGCCCGACGCGGCCACGGCGGCCUCUGGCGCGUCACAUACGGCGACACCGCCCCGAACCUCUCCGACGAAGAAUACCUCGCCCGCAGACCGUGGCACCUCAAAAACAUGCUCCCCGGAAGCCCCGAACCAGGUGACUAUCGCAUCGAAGACACAAACCUGUAUAAUAUCCACAACCGCUGCGUCGAUUCUUUCAGAGUCGGGCGCAUCCUGCUCGCGGCUGAUGCCGCGCACGUCUGUAAUCCCAUGGGUGGGUAUGGGUGCAUGACGGCCGUCCUCGACACGGGUGCCUUGGCCGACUGCUUCAUCGGCCUCCACCGGAAUCUCGCUUCGGAAUCCAUCUUGCAGAAAUACGCUGACAUUCGCCGGGAGAUCUUUCUUAAAUACAUCGAUGCGAGGAGUAUCAAGAAUCUGGACCGGGUUUCAAAGACGGACCCGUGGACCGUCAAAGAUACGGAUAAGUUCUUCGCCACUUUGAAGGAUGUGACGAAAGAUAAGAAGACGCUGAAGGAGUUUUUGUUGGUAUGUCUAAAGACUGCUGCAAGGUCCCGACUGAAUCGCAGUACUGACGAUCUCAUGCAGAAAACGUCGAGCAUCGAAUACGACUUCACGCAAUUUUACGACAAGGUGACAACAAAAACGAACGGCUCUGCAGAUGCACAGCCCAGUGGCAGCGAAAUCACUUCAAUGGACGUAUAG